UCUGGAGCGCGACAGCCCGUUCAGUCAGAGGGCCCACAAACCGCCCCUCCCUCUCUGGGUCGCGCGGCGAGGGCCUGGCGCGCACGCGCACGCUCCACCUCCCCGCCCCCGCCCCCGCGCGCUGCCGCGCGCCCCCGCGUCCUUCGACCCGGGGCAGCGCGCCGCUGGCCGCUGAAGGCGGCAUGCGGGACUACGACGAGGUGACGGCCUUCCUGGGCGAGUGGGGGCCCUUCCAGCGCCUCAUCUUCUUCCUGCUCAGCGCCAGCAUCAUCCCCAAUGGCUUCAAUGGAAUGUCAGUCGUGUUCCUGGCCGCCACCCCGGAGCACCGCUGCCGGGUGCCCGACACCGCGAACCUGAGCAGCGCGUGGCGCAACCACAGUAUCCCGCUGCGGCUGCAGGACGGUCGCGAGGUGCCUCACAGCUGCCGGCGCUACCGGCUGGCGGCGAUCGCCAACUUCUCGGCACUGGGGCUGGAGCCGGGGCGCGACUUGGAUCUGGAGCAACUGGAGCAGGAGAGCUGCCUGGAUGGCUGGGAGUUCAGCCAGGACAUCUACCUGUCCACCAUCGUGACUGAGUGGAACCUGGUGUGUGAGGACGACUGGAAGGCCCCACUCACGGUCUCCUUGUUUUUCGUGGGUGUGCUGGUGGGCUCCUUCAUUUCGGGGCAGCUCUCAGACAGGUUUGGUCGGAAGAACGUGCUGUUUGUGACCAUGGGCAUGCAGACAGGCUUCAGCUUCCUACAGGUCUUCUCGAAGAACUUUGAGAUGUUUGCUGUACUGUUUGUCCUUGUGGGCAUGGGCCAGAUCUCCAACUAUGUGGCAGCAUUUGUCCUGGGAACAGAAAUCCUUGGCAAGUCGGUUCGUAUUAUAUUCUCCACGUUAGGAGUGUGCAUAUUUUAUGCAUUUGGCUACAUGCUGCUGCCACUGUUUGCUUACUUCAUCAGAGACUGGCGGAUGCUGCUGCUGGCGCUGACGGUGCCGGGGGUGCUGUGUGCCGCGCUCUGGUGGUUCAUCCCAGAGUCCCCCCGAUGGCUCAUCUCUCAGGGACGAUUUGAAGAGGCAGAGGUCAUCAUCCGCAGGGCUGCCAAAAUCAAUGGAAUUGUUGCACCCUCAACUAUCUUUGACUCAAGUGAGCUACAAGACCUGAGUUCCAAGAAACAACAGUCCCACAGCAUUCUGGAUCUGCUUCAAACCCGGAAUAUCCGAAUGGUCACUGUCAUGUCCAUAAUUCUGUGGAUGACCAUCUCAGUGGGCUAUUUUGGGCUAUCCCUUGACACUCCUAACUUGCAUGGGGAUGUCUAUGUGAACUGCUUCCUGUCGGCAGUGGUUGAAGUCCCGGCAUACGUGCUGGCCUGGCUGCUGCUACAGCACCUGCCCCGGCGCUACUCCAUGGCCACUGCCCUCUUCCUGGGCGGUAGCGUCCUCCUCUUCAUGCAGCUGGUGCCUCCAGAUUUGUAUUACUUGGCCACUGUCCUGGUGAUGGUGGGCAAGUUUGGAAUCACUGCUGCCUUUUCCAUGGUUUACGUGUACACAGCCGAGCUGUAUCCCACAGUGGUCAGAAACAUGGGUGUGGGGGUCAGCUCCACAGCAUCCCGCCUGGGGAGCAUCCUGUCCCCCUACUUUGUUUACCUCGGUGCCUACGACCGCUUCCUGCCCUACAUUCUCAUGGGAAGUCUGACUAUCCUGACAGCCAUUCUCACCUUGUUCCUCCCAGAGAGCUUUGGCACCCCUCUCCCAGACACCAUUGACCAGAUGCUGAGGGUCAAAGGGAUAAAGUACAGGCAAACUCCAAGCCACACAAGGAUGUUAAAAGAUGGUGAAGAAAGCUCCAAAGUGCUUAAAAGUACAGCCUUAUAACACAGCAUCCAGUGGGGGAGAAGGGGUCUGACCAAACCUGCAGUAUCUCAAGGUAUGCCUAUACACCUGUUUUCUCAUUUGAUCCUUAUAAAAAGCCCAUGAGAUUGAUAUAGGAUGACAAAUUGAGAGGUUUCUCAGAAGUCACAUGUCUUCCUGGAGUCUCAGAAGGACCCACCCCAGAAAGUCUCACCUUGGGAAGAAGAGACUUAACUCAAGUAUAAUUGCUCAAGAAGCUGUCAGAGACACUGGAACAUCAUCUCUCUGCUGGGCCAGCCAAAGGGCAGCAGCCAGGCACCGGAUUAGCUCUUUUUACCUCAGAGGAAGUCUCAUAUGAGAAGCUCUUCUCAUGAAUGUGUGGGGGUGUGGGAAUAGGCUGCACGCAUCAAGGAUACAGUACUAAGUGCAUGCAAUGGUAGCAGCAUUCCCCAGGGCUUGUCUACUGAAGAGCUUGGAAACAUUUAAUUACCAUGCAACCUUUGAUUAGGAACAAAAUAAUUCUGAAAAUUCCAAAUGUCAUUAACCAAACAAGAAAGCAGCAUGAUAUACAACACACUUUAAAAAUUGGUGAAAGGAAGUAGAAAAUUCUAACACUGUAUACAAUGUAGAACAUUGUAUCUACAUUCUAACCAUUGUAAUACAACAUAAUAACCCCUAAACUCUUUAGCCAUACUAAAAAUUCAUCAACAUCUGGAAGUCUAAUCCUCCCAAGUCUGGGCAACAGCAGACUGGAUGAAGGCCUCUAUUUCCCUCUUCAAAGAUUUUUGGCAACUGCUAUAGAAAACAAAUAGAUGAAAUGGAGAAAGUGGAUAAUGGGGCUAAUCACUGAAAGAAGUGAGGCCUGCCCUAUGAGAAAUGUUACAGAGAGCCCUUCAGGCUGAAAUGAAAGAAUACUACACAGCAACUCAAAUCCACAUGAAGGAAUACAGCACAUGGAUAAAGUGAACAACCUAAGUAAAUAUAAAAGACAUCAAUCAAUGAAAAUGAGGAAAUUAUUGCCAACCCUACAGAAAUAAUAAGGACUAUAAGAGAAUACUAUCAACAACUGUAUGCCAAUAAAUUCGACAAUGUAGAUGAACUGUAUAAAUUCCUAGAAACACAAAGAUUACCAAAAAUGACUCAGGAAGAAACAGAAAAUCCAAACAAACUGAAGUAGAGAGAUUGAAUUAAUAAUCAAAAACCUCCCCAAAAAAGAAAUGCUGAACCAGAUGGUUCUACCAAACAUUUAAAGAAGAAUUAAUACCAGUCCUUGUCAAAUUCUUCACAAAAAUAGAAGAGGAGAAAAUACUUCCUGACUCAUUCUAUGAGGCCAGCAUUACCCUGAGACCAAACCCAGACGAAGACUUCAAAAGAAAAGAAAACUAUACAUCAAUAUCCCUUAUGAGCAUAAAUGUGAAAUAUUCCAUAAAAUACCAACAAACCAAAUCCAGCAGCAUACUAGGAGGAUUAUAUAUUGUGACCUGUGGGAUCUAUCCCAGGAACACAAAUAUAGUUCAAUGAAAAAAUAUUAAUAACAUAAUACAACACAUGAAUAAAAUGAAGGUUUAAAUAAAGAUCAUACCAAUUGAUGCAGAAAAUUAUUUGAUAAUAUUCAACCCACUUUCAUGAUAAAAGACACUCAUCAAACUAGAAAUAGAAGGGAACUUCCUCAACAUGAUAAAUGACACCUGUGAAAACCCUAUAGUUAACAUUAUACUCACUGUUGAAACAAAGCUCUCUCCCUAAGAUCAGGAACAAGACAAGGAAGCCACUUGCUACUCCUGGAAUUGUAUUGGAACUUCUGGCCAUAGCAAUUAGGCAAGAAAAAGAAACAAAAGGUAGCCAGUUGAGAAGGAAGAAGCUACAGUAAUCAAAACAAUGUGGUACUGGCAGAAUGACAGACAUAGAGACAAAUAAAACAGAAUAGAGGGUCCAGAAAUAAACCUUCACAUAUGUGGUCAAGAAGGUGAUUUGCAAAGAAAGUUCCAAGAUAAUUCAAGGGGGAAAGGAUAGUCUUUUCAUCAAUGAAAACAAUAUUGAAAUAUCAUUUUUACCUACCUAUCCUCCUCUCUGUAUAAAUGCAAAGAAAUGCAUAGAAUAUUUUUCUAAUAUUAAUAGCAAUGUUUUAGGUGGUAAGAUUUAGGAAAGCUUUUCAGGCAUUUAUUAUACUUUGUAUAGUGUUUGCAUUUCUUAUAAUGAGCAUGUAUAAGUUUUGAAGUGGUUUUAGUUAAAAAAUAAAAGUGGAAGUAAAUAUGCAAGAUGACAAUAAAGAGGAAUUUUUUCUU